AGGAGAGCCGCCAUGCCCGGGGUGCUGCGGGUGCCCCCGCUCGAGGAGCUCGAUGUGCAGGAGGUGGCGGUGAGCUCGUCCGUCCUGAAGGCCGCGGCGCACCACUACGGCUCGCAGUGCGACCGGCCCAACAAGGAGUUCAUGCUGUGCCGCUGGGAGGAGAAGGACCCGCGCAGGUGCCUGGCAGAGGGCCGGAAGGUGAACCAGUGCGCCAUCGACUUCUUCAGGAGCAUCCGGACUCACUGCGCCGAGCCCUUCACCACGUACUGGACGUGCAUCGACUACAGCAACAAGCAGGAGCUGCGCCACUGCCGCAAGCAGCAGGCGGCCUUCGACUCCUGCGUGCUGGACAAGCUGGGCUGGGUGAGGCCCGACCUGGGAGACCUCUCCAAGGUAACUUCUUAUCCUUCGGGACACGCAGGCACAUCCUGCUCUCUCUCCUUUAUGCACGUUUUGUCCAGGUCUCCAGCAUGUCUUGGCCUGAUGGUGAUUCGUGAACUCGGCGCUGGAAGUUUGUGGGAUAAUAGGAGUCAAAGCUGGCAGCAUUUUCUGGGGUUGCUUUUCCAGAAGACUUGUGCUUUUCUUAGCCAAUGAAAUUCUUGCUUUUUGCUUUUCCUGGUGUAGAGGCUUGUCCUUUAGGAAUGAAGCUCAUGCUUCAUUCAGGGAGCUACUCUGUAGUUGUGAUGAAACCCUGCUCCCUUCCCUCCUCUUAGAACUAUUGAGGAGCUCUCAUCAGCUGAACAAUGUGUCCUUACUAUUGUUUGGUUCUCGGUAGUUCUUCCUUGAAUUCUGACUCAACCUGGCUUUUAAAAGCUGUGAGAAGUUGUAUCACUUCUUUGCAUUUCUUUCCAGGUUACGAAGGUGAAGACAGAUCGUCCUCUGCCUGAGAAUGCCUAUCACUCUAGACCCAGACCAGAGCCAAACCCACCCACUGAAGGAGAGCUGAAGCCCUCUGCCCUUGGCAGCAGGCUCUUUUUCUGGUCCUGGUGAAGUGGGCAGGCUGUGCUGUGACUCAAGUGCAGAGAUGUGGCACUUGCACAUGUAAAUUGUGUGGUGUGUGCUGGGUAUUACUAAUAAUUAAAGAGCCCCAAACCAUGGCAUGGCUGAACAGACUUCUUUAAACUCAUAGCAACGAGAACAAUGCAUUUCCCUGUUUUGCUCAGAGGUCUCUGCAGUCACACAGCCCUUGGGACCCUCUGGGCACCAGUAACGUCAGCUGGUUGAUCAUGAUUACCAGGAUUGUCUGUCAUGUGUGCAAACGUAGUUCCAGUCUUUGACUGCUGUCCCAUCAAUCACAAACUGGCGUGAGACCUGAUUUACUUACUGAGAACAUUGCCUCAUGGAUCAAGGAAACUCUGGGAACAAACAAGUCGUUAAUGUCUUCCCUUAGUCUUGCAACUGAUAAUUGUGCAUUCUUUCCAAGGGACUCCUGCCCAGGUUUAGCCUAAAAUCUGUCUUGGAGCAAGGGGUUAGUGGAAUCUGGCAUUUGUUAGGUAUGGGGGCAAUGCUGUUUUUGCCAUAAAGAUCCCUUGUAUCCCUUCCCAGCUCAUACAACAUUAGUUUGGGACUCCCACUUUUUGGACUGUUCUAUGGGUAGAACACAAGCUACUUUAUCAGAAAAAUCAUAUUUAAUUUUCAAAACCUUUCAGGUAAAACUUUCCUGUGCCCCAUUAAGCAGUGUAGGAAAGGAGCUUGUAUUCUGUCUCAAGGCCCUGACUUACAGGGUUUGGGGCAAAUUUUUCUCAAUUUUUCACUGUGAUGUUCUUUUUGAUAGAGGAGUUAGUGAGCUUUUUAAAAUUUAUCUUUUCUACAAUACCUUAAAGUCAUAUUUUUUUAUAGAGUUGGAUCUAGUCUUUCAUUCAUCUCUACCCAAUAGCAAAAACCUUUUUAUAAAGGUCAGAAAAAUUCCAAUGAACUUGCUUUUCCAAAGCAAUAUGCAGUUUAACUUACUCUGGGUGAGAUUGUCUCACCUGAACCAUGGCAAAGAGUGGAACUGUGCUCUGCUCCUUGAGUAGGCUGCUGCUAGUAGGAUCUGAAGAUUUACCAGCUCCUUGUUUGAGGUGGGAUUAAACUGUAAUGGUUCUAUAGCUGCAGCAUAUGUUUCUGAUCCAUGGAGCUAGAGGGAAAAUUGUAUAACAUUUGUCUUAAAAUAGCUUGUGCACUGUGUGGCUUCUGGGUUCUUGCUACUUUCUGCUGGGGUACAUUGACUGAAACUCAAAGCAGGUGCUAUGUUUGCAUUUUAAUGUACAUACCAGGCUGUUUUAGCUGCUCCUUGCCUAAAUCUCUGAGCUGGUGCUGCACCUUUACAGUUUCUCCUUGCUAAUCACUGCCACCAUCUCAGAGCAGCUAUGUCUUGCUGAAGAAAGAUAACCCUUCUCUGCAGAGACUGAAAUUAGGACAAGCUUGGGGUCUAAUUACAUUCAGCUGAGUGAGUGAAAUGAGGUUUGGCCGAGCUGAGGAUAAAUUGUUCUGGGAUGUUAACACGUUUCACAUCAGAUCUUUGCUGACCCACUCCAACAGUUGAUCAGGAGUUUUUAGAUAUUACCAUUUUCUGUUAAUAACUUACUAUUGUCAGCAUAUUGUAUGAACCAUUGCACUGCUGAACAUCUGCUUUGGAAUAAACAAGCGUGGGCAUUCCAGUAGUCAGCCCCUAAUCACAAUUAAAGAGUAUUUUUUCCCAUUAGAUUGCUUCUGAAAAGAAAGACAUUCGUAAGUAGGGGGGGCAAGUUUUUUCAACAGCCUGAUAGGAGCCCCACCCUUAAGUUGGCUAGUACUGUAAGCAAAAAAAAAAAGUGAUUUAUGCUGAAGCCUCAAAAGUUUUAAGGUUGUUCAUCUGUUUCUUGACAGCUGAAUCUACAGCCUCUUGGGUCAGAGCUGUGGGAUCCAGUAAUGAUACACUGAUCAUGGUUUAAAUGUCAGAAUUAACUGUCUGCUGGCCUAGAUUCCCUCUUCAGUUUCAAGCAGGAGUGGGCAGGUGAAAGUACAAAAGAGAUCAGCAGAGGAGAACAAUGAAAUUAUAAAGUCAAGUAGAAUUCAGCUGUACUCUGAGCAUUUCCUUCAUUAACCUCUCUGUGACAAUUGUUUCUUGUCUUUAUCUCUUGGCUAAAUCUCUGGAGAAGUGUUGCCAGAGGCUUUUCAUGGUGCUUUGGACAGUGCCUGAAUGCAGCUAUUUCUGCUCAAAAUCCUGUGGCUUUACUCAAACCUAGAUGCCCCUUUGGAGCUGUAAUGGAAACUACAACAAGUGGAUGUUGAGAUUCAGUAAAGACCAUAAAAGUA